CAUGGCGGCACCCACCGCCAACGACUGCGGCACCGCGCAGGACAAGUUACAUCCAAGGAAUCUUAUCCCAGAGCUUUGCAGACUAUUUUAUGGCUUAGGCUGGGUAACAGGAACUGGUGGAGGAAUCAGCUUAAAACAUGGGAAUGAAAUCUACAUCGCUCCCUCAGGGGUCCAGAAGGAAAGGAUACAGCCAGAAGAUAUGUUUGUGUGUGACUUGAGUGGACAGGACAUCAGUGGUCCUCCCCUGCACAAGAAGCUGAAGAAGAGCCAGUGUACUCCUCUCUUCAUGAAUGCCUACAGGAUGAGAGGGGCAGGUGCAGUGAUCCAUACUCACUCCAAGGCUGCUGUCAUGGCUACCCUUCUGUACCCAGGGAGUGAGUUCAUCAUUACCCACCAGGAGAUGAUCAAAGGAAUCCAGAAGUGUACCUCAGGAGGCUACCACCGCUAUGAUGAUACGCUGGUGGUUCCCAUUGUGGAGAACACCCCAGAAGAGCAGGAUCUGAAGGAGAGGAUGGCUCGUGCCAUGGAAGAGUACCCAGACUCCUGCGCUGUGCUGGUCCGGCGGCACGGAGUCUACGUGUGGGGAGAGACGUGGGAGAAAGCCAAGACGAUGUGUGAGUGUUAUGACUACUUGUUCGAUAUCGCAGUGCAGAUGAAGCAGCAUGGCCUAGAUCCUUCCAAGCAUCCAGCAGGAGAAAAUGGGAUCGUGUAAAUGACAACAUCCACGUCCAGGUUUCUUAGCUGCUGGUGGCAGCUCCAGACUCUCCCUCAUGCUGUCAGCACCAGAAGGUGGUGCUGAUUGACAGAUGUGAGCAGUCUGGUAAAACACAGCCAAGAAAAGGAGACUUAAACAAAACAAGAACUGAACCAUGCCUUGCUACUUCUGAAUCCUGUCAAAUGCCACAAGAGGAGGGAUGAAAAUUCAGGUGCAAAACCAAGAUUUUGGGAAAAAGCUACAGGGAACUAAUGUGACAUUUUGUUGAUGGGCUUUAAAAAUCCACAUUUCAGCAACCUGCACUUCAGCUGCUGCAUCAUUUGACAUGUUCUAGCUCCCAGCUGCUGAGGCAUAUGGUGGCCUUUAUUUUUCAGGGGAGAAACAGAGAGGAUCACCCUUUAAUUAGAAGUUAGAUAUAAAGCUUAAAACCUGACUUCAAGAGCUGGUUCAUUCAUGCCACAGGGAGGGGGUUUAAAUCCAGCCUGCUGCAUAUGUGCUUUGAAAUGUUCUUCAAUGUCGUCGUCAUGAAUAGGAAACAGAAUUUCACAGCUUGCACUUGGAAGCCCUUGAUGAGAGGCUGCUCUUGCCUUGUCUGCCUUUUAACCUUCACUGUCAAUGAGAUUUUGUUGGUGGCCACUCUGAACAAGCUGUUGGUGAUGGUUUAGCUCAUGUCCUGGUGUUAGCUCAUAGGCUGGACUUGAUGAUCUCAGAGGUCUUUUCCAGCCUCAAUAAUUCUGUGAUUCUGUGAUUCUGUGAUGUGUGCUCAGCCAGCCUGAGGGAGAGUUC